UAUUAAUGUCAUAGGAUGAAAUCAUAUUAUUCGAUUGCUCUUUAAUUCAAUAUUAUUUGUGUGUAUUUUUCUUGAAAUCUUUAAAAGACAAAGAAUCUAGUUGGUGAACGAGUCCUUUCCCUUACCCAAUCGUCUAAUUACUUUCUUAGACAUGUUCCAUUUCAAACUAUAUUAUAAAUUAGUACACUGACUAGAGAUUUUAAUUGUAACAAAAACUUGAAGAAGAACAACAACAAUUAGAGAAGAUGAAGAAAGUUAUGGUGAUUAUUGACGAGAGCAACUCAAGUUAUGAUUUACUUGUUUGGGUCCUCACAAAUCUAAAAGAUGUCAUUGACAGCUCCACAGUUGUGAUCUUCGCAAAACAGCCACAAAAUUCCUUCACUCCUCCUACAGCACUUUCUUCGUCAGUGGGCUUUGCUCAGAUUUUCUAUCCAUUUUCUGCCAAUGCAGAACUCAUGAGAUUGGCUCAAGAAAAGAAUACAAAAAUUGCGUUGGGUAUAUUAGAGAAGGCCAAGAAGUUAUGUGGAAAUCAUGGGGUUAAAGCAGAGACAUUUACUGAUGUUGGAGACGUGAAAGAUAUAAUCCACAAAACAAUUCAAGAGCGAAAGAUCAACUUAAUAGCUAUCAGCGAUCAACAAAACCUAACUCUUAAAAAGUGUUUACCUACUACAGAGUGUUCUCUUGUGGUCGUGAAGUGAAGCGAGGGUUUGGCAAACAUUCAGAUGGUACAAAACGUAAAAGAAGUAUAUGUAGUGUUGUAUGCGAUUGUGAUUAUGUAAAAUAUAUGAUAAGUUAGUUUGGGGUUGUAUAGUUGAACAUUUGAUUGUAUGUAUAUGAAUAAAUAAUAUAUAAAUUAGAAAAAAAUAUUGUUUAAAAAUUGUAUAUAUAGUUGAAAAAUUAUUGUUUACAAAUGGUGAAGUAGUAUAUAGAAAGAAGACAAAUCUGGAAAGCCAUAGAUAUUUCUCUAGGAACAUGGAGAGAAGAGAUUUUAUAAGGUGAGAUUUAAAAAAAAAAAAAAAAAAAAAAGAUGAGACUUUUUUUUUUCUUUUGUUACUUAAUGUUCCUAUCAAGAGCGAUACAUUUACCACAGAUCCUAAUAGGUGUUCGGUAAAAAACUAUCAUAUUGGAAACCGAGGGAAAAGAGAGUGAAAGAUGAGACAUUUGACCUAAUCAAAAGAAGAAUGGAUGAAAACAAUGAAAUAGGUGUUCGGUAAAAAACACAAAAUACGCCAUAAAGGCCCAUUAAGCAAUUGAGUGCUAUGCCUAAACUGACGUCGUUUAAAUGAGUUUCUUAUUAACAUGGCCGUUCCUCUCACUCUCUCCUCCCGCUAUUGUCACCGUCUCUACUUCCCUACCACUUCAUUUAAGGUAUACUCCUCAUUCCUUAGCUCUCAACGUACUGAGAAGAUCAAUGGGCUUGGAUAUUUACUUAGUGGGCUGUGUUAAGUCCUUAAGCCUUUUAUUUCUUCAAUAUAGUCUUGUCUUUGCUGUAACAAAUGAUUAUCAAACAUAAACAUAAAAAAUCAAAAGGGUGAAAAUCCCUAAACGCCUUCAUGCUUUGUCUUCUUCGUUCUUCCUUCUUCUUCAAUCUUCUUACAAUCUGUCACCAGCAAGAUGAGCUCACCCCUGCGCUUAUCACAUACAUUCACGAAUUAUCAAGGUUUUGUGUAGUCUAGAUAGCAACAAAGUCGUUGUAGUAUAGUGGUAAGUAUUCCCGCCUGUCACGCGGGUGACCCGGGUUCGAUCCCCGGCAACGGCGUUAGUUUUAUCCAUUUUUUUGCCAAAAAAAUACUUUUGUGCAGUCAAAGUGUUCGAUAGAAUGUCUCACCCAGAGACUCUGUUUAAUUUGGUGAUGAUUAUUGCAAGUAACUUUGCUUCAUAGAUUCUGUAUGUGACCAAGAUGAGAGUCUUGGUGAUGUUUUAGUUAAGAUGUGUUUGUGACCUCAAGGCAAGAAGUGAGAACCAAGGAACUAGAUUGUAGUUAGUGUUUAUAUAAAGAUGUUUUGUUUCGCUGAUAAGCUCAAAGCA